AUAAACUAUUAGGCUAAAACCUAUACAUGCAUACUGAAACGUUUUAUCUACAUCAAUAACCUUCCCUCAGCGAAAAGGUUAAGACUUGUGUGUGUUUGGUGGGAGCUCCCACCUCUUUGGGCACCAUGUCCCAGUACCUGAGGCUGUUUACGGCUGUGGGCGAUGACCAACACGGUGAAUCCCAAUGGAAGGAAGAGGUCCUGCAUGAGACCAGUGAGGAGCUGGCACCAGCCACAGGACAGGUCCAAGGUCAAGUCACCUUCAGAGAUUCUCUGCGUCGUCUCUACAGCUCAGAGAGAUUCCAGAUUGUGGUUGUGGGACUGGUCAUUUUAGACGCCAUCUUUGUCCUGUGUGAGCUUCUCAUUGACCUGGCCAUUAUUAAAGUACACAAUGAGAGCAUUGCCCCACAGGUGUUCCAUUACCUGAGUCUGGCCUUGCUCACCUUCUUUAUGAUGGAGAUAGUGGGGAAGCUCUAUGCCUACCGCAUGGAGUUCUUCAAACACAAGUUUGAGGUGUUUGAUGCAAUUGUGGUGGUGGUGUCGUUCAUACUGGACAUUGUGUACAUCUCCAAGGAAGGUGCUUUUGAUGGUAUGGGAUUCUUGAUCCUGCUCAGAUUGUGGAGAGUGGCUAGGAUCAUUAAUGGUAUCCUGGUGUCAGUGAAGAACCGUGCUCAACACAAAAUUGAUAAGCUGAAAGAGAGUAAUGAUCACCUGACCCAGCGGGUCAACGAGCUUCAGGAACAGAACACUCGGACGGAGCAAGAGAACAAUAGACUGCGAGCACUCUUACGACAACAUGCCAUUGAGUUCUGAUAUUCCAGAGACAGGAUCUGAGCACAUCUGGCAUAUUUGUUCAGAGUGAGCUCUACAUGCACUAUGCACUUGCCAAGUCAAAUAUGUCCACUCCUCUUUAGAUUAAUACACAAUUACAAAAUAUUAACCUGAUGCAGAUUAGGCUGGCAGAAAUUAAUGUUGGCAGAAAGGGAAGUUCAUGAUCACGAAGUCAUGACAACAAAUUUUAUUUACAGAGUACUGUGCUUAUAUUACAAUAACCAUUCAUUAGAGCCAUG